AUGCAGUUCCACGGAGUCAUCCUAGGGAAGAAGGCAAAGUCACUCGGGAAGAUUGCUCUUGAUGUGGUUUUUGGUGAUUCUAAGAAUUUUAGCAAGGAGAAGUUGACGUUUGAGGUAGUCGAUUUCCACAGUGCCUAUCAUGCUAUUCUGGGCAAGCCCGCAUAUGCUCGUUUUGCCCAUCCAUGUUACGUGUACCUUAAGUUGAAGAUGCCCGGGCCCAAAGGUGUGAUUGCAGUCACUGGGAAUAGGCAAAGAGAUGAGGAGUGCCACCAGAAGGGUUUCAAGAUUGCUGAUGAGCAAAUGGCAAUGGUGGAACUGGAAGAGUACGAGAAGAAUGCUGAUCCGAGUGAUUUGUUGCGAGCCAAGAAGCCUGCUUCUGAAUCCGCAUUUCAGUCGGCCGGUGAGACGAAGCCAGUCCACAUUCACCCGGAAGAUCCCACGGCUGCUCCGACCCAUAUCUCAACGACACUCGACAGCAAAUAG